ACAGGAAGAAAACAAAGAAACGGUCAGAGAAGACAGCGGGUUGGUUUUCUGUCUGAUUUUAUGUUUUAUCAUAACGAUGUCGAUGUCUGCGUUUCAGAAGGUGACACUCGUCUCCUGUCUCGUUCUGUGUGUUUCCCUGCUCCUUCCCAAAAUGCUUGUAUCCACAGGGAAGAAGGAAGCAGGACAGCAGGAGGCAGGGCCAGGUCGAUUCCCUCCCACAAUGCACCGCCAAAAGAUGUCCAUCCCCAAGUCCCACAACGCAGAGGCUGUGGCCAUGGCAAAGGGGGGCAGUGGAGGAGGGACGGGAGGGGGGAGAACCAGUUUCAUGGCACAGAUCAUACCAGUAUACGGAUUUGGAAUCCUAUUAUACAUCUUAUACAUCCUCUUCAAGAUUACCUCCAAGGGCACAAAUGCCAAACUUGAUCAGAGAUUCCCUGCUUUAAAUACCAGAAACACGAAAACGAAAAUCACGAAUUAUGAACUCGCCAAGCUUCAGGAGAAAUUGAAAGAGACAGAGGAAGUGAUGAAGACGAUCGUCUCCAAAGUGGAACACAAUCCUGACAGGAUUAAAAGUGUCACUUCAGAGCACAACGAAAAAUUACUUCGACAGCUAAAAGAAAUCACUCGGGCGAUGCAGGAGGGAAAGCUCAUCGAGGAAAUCUCCCCCAAGAAGGAGGCUGAGGAAGGCCCAUACAUGGAGGACUGGGAAGGUUAUCCUGAGGAAACCUUCCCUAUCUAUGACGAACUGGCCUGCUGCAGACAUAAGUACGACACAAUUGUGGUGGAUCACUUCAACCUGGAUCAACCAACUGCCGAAGAGUUAGCUGAAAGAGUGGGGGAAAUAGAAACCAUGGCCCAGGAGGAAGAUACUGCAGGUCAGGAUAUUGAUGGGAAGAGAUGGAAACAAACCAGCUUCUGUGAGCAAGAAGAUCUCUCCCAUUAUAAUGAAGAUGAAGAACAAGAGGAUUACGGCGAGUGUGAAGAAGAGGACCCAGCAGUCAUAGCCGAGAACAUUGGCUUUACUUGUUACAGCUUUAGUGAUGAGGAGGAGCUGUGCAGGGACCUCUCUGGUGCGGAGGACACUGCUGAUAAGACCCACAAAGAAACUGAAACUGCAAGAGAAGAGCCAUUUGGAAUGAUCAGAAAGCGCAACAGGAAAGGAACGCAGUGAACUGGGUUCGAACAGGAUAACCUAAAACAUAUCCAUAGUACAUGAGUCAUUGUUUUUCAGUCCCAAAAUAAUACAUGUUUAAAGGAGUGCUGGCCAAGGUUUGAAAAUCAAUUUUUUUACCUCUUAUUAGCGCGAGAAAUAUUCCCACUCCCUACUGCCGCCUUCCGUUGAAGAGCUUCUGGUGCUUUGCUUGUCUUUCAUAUGUAGACAUUUCAAAACAAUGAUAUGUUUCAGUUUAAUUCACUUAAAUGGUGGCCUACAGGUAAGGUACAAGUAUGCAGCUGCUUAUCUAUGGCAUGGCUUAGCUAUGGGUUAAGUCUCCGCAUGAGAGAUGCAAAGGAAGUGCAUGUAGCUUCAUACCGCUUCUUUUUCUCAUGCAACACUAAGCUUUCCUUUAGCUGAACUCACACCACAGUCCCACAUGAAGUAAGACAGAAAGAAUGCAUACUCCUGAAACAAGAAAAAGGAUGUGUCUUUUUAGCAUGUUGCUGCUCACUUACAGCCUUCUCUUUAGUUUCAGUUACAGUGAGGCAGCCAUUUCCUCCCUCCCCAUACUUCACACCUUUCCACUAUUAAAUACAAGUGAAGUGCCUACAAACUCCCUACCCCCCUAAUUUUAUUGCGUUUCGACCAUAAAUAAACCAAUUUAACUGUACUGUAUAUAAAUGUACACUCAUUAUUUUGCAAAUGUCCUGUACCCUGUCUUACUUUUUUUUAAUUGAUUUAAAUCACUUUAGCUCUAAACACUGUCAUUGUUUAAAUAAUUUAAAUGAUUCCUGGUAAAUUUCCAUUAUUUUUAUUGUACUGUAAACCUGAGUUUAUGUACCGUAUAACUGUUUAAUUUAUUUAUUUAUGUAUUUAUUUAUAUAAUUACUUUGCUGUCUUGGUCUUGUAGGAAACAGCACAAGGAUAUUUACAGUAUUACUAAGUCAGUGUGGUUUUCAUAAUAAAUUGUAAAAGCUUAUCUUUCAGAACAUAGAUUAGGUUCAGUAAUGUGCACGAGGACAUCAAAAUCUAAUUUGUGUUAGAAAAGAUCACUUAAGGUAAGGUUAGAAAAUGCAAAUUGCAUGUUGCAGCACAAACAUUUAGAACUAAGAGUGGUUUAACAGUAGAGUAAUUGUUUAUAUAUUCACAUUCAUAGUUCAUGUGGAGUGCAAUAUACUUUGUACGUUUACAAUGUAGCAGUGCCUAUGGAGUUGCUAGAUCCAAAUGCUUAGAAAUUCCGUGUCAUCGCUACACUCAAUAAAUUUGUUUUAGAAAACUGCA